AUGCAAGUGUUCUGGUCUCUCCAGCAGGUACCAUCGAAGGGCGCUGGCUUAAACCCUAACGCCAAAGUGUGGCAAGAAGUGUCCCAGGGGAGUGGGGAGGCUGUGCCACCAACGAAUGGCGCAGAGCACUCGUGGCAAGAAACAGCGGCUGCGCAGGGGACUCCUGCUGAGGGUAACAUAGAGAUUGCAGAGGAUAGCUGCAAGCAAUAUGAAGUGAUGUAUUCCCCGUCUUGUGAGGCCACAAGAAAUGGGACAGGAGUCGAUGAAGCAUCUGCAAAUGGAAUUGUCCUGGCGACUGAAGAUCUUGGAUACCAAAUCUAUGAAGUGUCUGGUGAAGGCAGCUCCACUGUGUCCACAGAAGACAUUAGAGAAUGUUUGAAAAAGCAACUCGAAUUCUGCUUCUCACGGGAGAAUCUUUCAAAGGAUCUCUACUUGAUGUCUCAAAUGGAUAGUGACCAGUUUGUUCCAAUAUGGACAAUUGCCAACAUGGAAGGUAUUAAGAAGCUGACAACUGAUAUGGACCUCAUCCUUGAAGUUUUGAGAUCUUCUCCUAUGGUACAAGUGGAUGAGAGAGGGGAGAAAGUAAGACCAAACCACAAGCGAUGUAUUAUCAUUCUCCGGGAGAUCCCUGAAACAACACCUAUAGAGGAAGUUAAAGCUCUGUUUAAAAAUGAGAACUGCCCCAAAGUGAUAAGCUGUGAGUUUGCUCACAACAACAACUGGUACGUUACAUUCCAGUCGGAUACAGAUGCCCAACAGGCAUUUAAAUACUUAAGGGAAGAAGUCAAAACCUUUCAGGGCAAGCCAGUAAUGGCAAGGAUAAAAGCCAUCAACACCUUUUUUGCUAAGAAUGGUUACCGGGUGGUGGAUUCCAGUGUCUACACUCAGCCAGUUCAAACACAAGCACAGUUUGCCUCACCACUGUUUAUGCAGCCUGUAUAUAGUCCUCAGCAGUACUCUAUUUACAGCAUUGUGCCUCAGACUUGGUCUCCAAAUCCUGCACCUUACUUUGAAACACCACUGGCCCCCUUUCCUAAUGGUGGAUUUGUGAAUGGCUUUAAUACACCAGGAUCAUAUAAAACAAAUGCUGCUUCGUUGAGUAUAGGUCGCCCAUUCCAUAGAAAUCGCGUGAAGCCCCACUUCCGAUCAUCCAGCAGCUUGGAACACGCUGCGGAGGGUCCAGCUGCUGUCGGUACCAUGCCCAUGGGGGAUGGAGCACUGAACAGAACCAACUCAAGGAGUUUUGUCAUGGAGCGACAUAACAGUAUGUUAACUGGCCACCAAGACCAAGGUUAUUCCCAGAAGGAUUCUCCUGCUGCGCAGAUGGAGCAGAACGGCGAUUAUGGCAUUGGCAGGGGCAGGAGGAACGUUUUCAGAGGUCGGAGGAGACGAGAAGACGACCGGGUUUCAAGACCUCAGCCUUCAGCAGAAACAAAGACUCAGACACCAAAGUUUGAUUUGCUAGCAUCAAAUUUCCCACCUUUGCCUGGCAGCACAGCAAAAAUACCAGGAGAGCCUGUGCUGGAGAGCAGGAUGUCCGAUAUCGUUAAAGGGGUCUGCAAAGAAAAGGAAAGCAAAGAUUUGCUGCCCAGCUCUCCAGCUCCUGCUCAGGAAGAAGAGACGCACAGCACUGUCCAACAGCCUGUGACAAGUGUGAGUUCACCAAGUCAGACUGAAGCUGUGGUCUUAAGCACGGUUCAGCCAGAGAGCAAACCAGAAGAAGUGUCUGCUCAGAAAGAAGUCACAAGCCACGCUUCCCCACCCGUGUCUGUGUCUCCUACCAGUGCUGCAAAGCCACCAAGGACAAAUACCACUUCACCUUCUGCUAAUGCAAGUGCAGCUCCUACUUUGUUGAUGCAGGAGCCACGCAAGCUAAGUUACGCUGAAGUUUGCCAGAAGCCUCCAAAGGAGCCUCCUCCAGUUCCUGUUCAGCCUCUUCGGGAACAUCGCACCAACAUCGUUCCGCCUGCCAAAAAUGAAGACAAUGGUACACCCGAGAAGGCUUUGGAGAAGGUUCCUGACAAGGCUGAAGGUCGGAUGAAGGAUUAUUCUGGGUUCCGAGGCAACGGGCCUCCCAGGGGAGCUGCUGAAAAUCAGGGAACAGAGGCGCCAAUUUGGACGCAGAUCAUCGCCUCAGGGAGCACCUCGACGUGUCGGCAAGGAGCAGUACGUGCCACCCCGCUCACCAAAGUAACACUUGGCCAGCCAAUUACUUCUCUCUUUAAUUUGAGCUGUGGACAAAUGAGCAGCAAAGGAGACUGUGAGGAAGAAGUAUUCGUGAAGGGGAAUACUGAACUUGAAGCAUGGCUUGUGUGGAGAAGUUGGGGAGGGUCCCAAAAUUCAUCUCUCAAAGUGAUUUCACAAAUGCUGGAGGAUUCCAAUCAAUAUAAAUAUAGAGAUUAUAAUUUUUGUAUUUUUUUGUUUUUAAUUUGCAGAGGGUUUCCUGCUUGAAAUCAGUUUGGGGGUUGUGAGAGUAGCAUUUUGACAAAGCGAAAGGAUAUGAAUUGACAAAUUAACCUGUCCCUCGGUGUAGGAGGAAAAGUAUAAGAGAAUAUUAUUUUUGAAAAAUUUAGCAUUUCUGUAAAAUUAGAACUUUUUUUAACCUAUUUAACAUUUGGCUUUUGGGCUGAUGUGUCUGCCCUUGAUGGCCUUGCAUUGCAGAGCACAUCUGCAGCUGAGGUGCUUGGUCGGUGUGAGUGGAGUGACUGCAGCCAGAUACUGUUGUCAUGACUUAGUCACUGAUGAUACAAACUGAAUGUACUACUGUAGUAAACCUUGUGUUUCCAGCUUGAAGUAGAGUCUCUUGACCUUACUAAUAAUUCAUUCACAAGCUU